AUGCUCACGAAGAAGAAGGAGAAGAAGCUCGAGCAGAUGCGCGAGCUCGGACGCGGGGGCCUCACCAAGGGGCUGCACUUUCUGCGUACUGCCGCCGCUUCGGCGAACGCGCCGUCCGCGUCUCUGGACGGCAGCGAGACGACGGACACGAGCGCCGCAGCAGCAGCUGCAGCCGCUGCGGCGGCGGCAGAGAGCGCGCCGUCGACGGCUCGGAACCGCUUGACGUACGAGGAGCUGGUGGCGCUCAGUAUGAAGCUCACGAGGCAGAACAAGCUCCUGAACGCGCAGUAUCAGAAGACGCAGCGACAAGCGGCAGCGGCGGCCCGGAGCGACGCGGACGUGGAGACGCUGCGGCAGUUUCUCGAGCACGACGUGGGGCUGGACGUGGCAACGUGUGUCAAAGCUGGAGUCGAUAAAAGUAACGCUAGUGAAAGUAGCAGCAGUGCAAUGGAGGGCACGAUUGAUGCGGUUGUGCUGCAGGAAAAGUACCGGACGUUGGUGGGACGAAAAGAGGUGGCGAAGGACCAGCAGGAGACUGUGACGAGUGUGGAUUUGCUGGACUUGUCGCCGGUGGUGGCUACAGCUGGGAAACUAGUUGGGGAGACAAAGGACGAGGAGAUGGAGGAACUGAAGAGGCAGGCGGCAGAGCGGGAAGCAGCGCAAGAUGCUGUGAGGAGGGAGCUGGAGCAGGAGAAGCAGAGCCUGGAGCAGCAGUGGCACGAGCAGAGCAUUCUUGUGCAGGAGUUGACGCAGAAACUAGCACAGAAGCAGAUGCGGGAUGAAAGACGAGAGGAAGAAGCGGUGCAGCUGGUAGAGAGGGAGCGAGAGAGAUGGAGGAAGGAAAUGCUUGAACAGGUAGAAGCGGAGCAGAAACAACGAGAUGCGGAGCUGCAACGAGCAGCUGAUUUGCUUGCCAAGGUCGAGCAGGAAAAGGUAGAAAUGGCGGAGAGGCUACAACAAGCAGAAGCGGCGGCGUUUGCAUUCGCUGCAAAACUGGAAAGCGACGAAAGUGAUGAAAAUGACAAGAUGCACGCAGCACUGGAGGCUCAACAGGAUGAGUUGAAAGCGGCAGAGGUGGUCAAUGAACGGCUGCGAGAGCAAAUUCAGCUACUACAGCAAGCACCUUAUUCUACGGAAGUCUUGGAGGCUGAAGUGAAUGAGAAGGUUUCGAUUGCAUUGGAGACGCAACGGAUUAAACUAGAGGUGACAAAGGUAGAAAACACGCGUCUUCAGGAGCAAGUCAAUCAGCUGCUCGAUGCCCCUUCUUCCGCCGGCGUGACGGAGGCUGAAGUGGAGGAGAAGGUGUCGGCGGCGAUGGAAGCGCAAGCAGUAGAGCUAGAGGCGACAAAAGCCGAGAACACGCGUUUGCAGGAGCAAAUUGAAGCACUGCAUCAGACGACGAUGGCAUUGGCUGCUGAAGUGCAAAGAGUAGGUGCCGAAGACGUUACCGAUUCGCUGCGUGCCGAAAUCGAUUCUUUGCGAGGUCUGCUGGAGGCAAAAGAUAGCAAUAGUAAAGUUCUGGAGCAAGAGCUUGUGGCGCUGAAGAAUCGCGUUCAAACGUUGCAGGAGGAGGCAGAGUGCUCAGGUAAUGUAGCCGAUACGGGCUUGAUGCAGGAGCUGGAGCGACUGAAACUAGAGGUGGCAGAGCGCGCGCACGAGAAAGGAGUGUUACAGGGAAACCUGCAAGUUGCAGAAGAGCGCUUAGCCAAGAUAGACAGCGAGAGUGAAGCUACUCAGUCGCUCUUGGAUGCCCUAAAACAAGACACGAGUCGUCUUGCCGACCAGGUGGCACAAUUUGAACAAAAGCAAGCCGCUUCGGACGCGAAGAUUGUUGCGCUGACUGAAGCAAAACAGGAGAUUGAGAAGCAGCAGCAAGAUGCACUGGAGGCUAAAGCGACGAUGGAAACACAGCUGGAGGAGGAGCGUGUAUACUGGACUUCUAAGCUCGAAAAUCUGAUAACGGCAAGUGAUGCGGCAGAUAUCAAGAAUGAGACGCUUCAUGCUCAGCUACUUGAAAAGGAGAAGGAAGUCACAAAGAUGGCAGCUUCUCAUGUAUCCAUGACGUCGGAACUGGUGGAGCUGCGAAAGCAGGUGAGUAGUAUGCGCAAAGAUCUGUCGACGGCUGCUGAGAACCUUGAGACGCAUGCCACAAAGGCUGAGGCUGACAAACGUAGACACGUCCAAAGCGAGAAAAAGGCGGCAGAGUUGAAGAAGCGUCUUGAUGAGAUGCGCGCAAAGCAUCAUGAAAGCUUCGAAAUGUUGCGCCAAGAGAAGGAGGCUGAGCUGGAACGUGUAAAUUCUGAGCGCCGUGCAAUAACGAAGGCAAAGAAAGAGCUGUCGCGGGAAAAUUGCAAGCUUCAGACUCGGUGCAACGCACUCGAGCUUGAUGUGGAGGUUAGGCGUAAGCAUGAAGAGGAGUUGGAAGCGGUUGCGCGUGACAAGACAGUCGAAGUAGGCAACCUGUGUGCGGAAUUGGCUGAGACAAAAAGAUCUCUGUCGGACCGCAUGGCUCUGGCGACGAGGUUGCAGACUGAAAACAUGGACAUGGCUAGCAAGCUAGCAGAGCAAGUGGUCCUCAUUGAGGGUGCACUACGCGAUGCAGCAAGUAGCAAGGCUUCACAACGUGAAAUGGAGGUUCAGGUGCAAGUCGCAAAGGGGUAUGUGCAGCGGAUGGAACAAAGUGAGACCAAGGCCAAAGAUGAUCUUGAUCGUGUUCAGCGUGAUAUGGUCGAACGAGAAGAGAGUUUUCGGGCUGAGCGGGAAGAGGCUAGAGAAACACUGCAAGCUGCCAUAAAGAAUGAAAGGAACACUUUUGACCGUGAGCUGCAGCGCCUCGAAGCUGAGAGCAAACACAAGUCAAAGUUGGCCUUGCAGGCAGUCUUGGAGAAGGAAAAGGAGAUUACACGUCUUAGUGCACGUCUCCAUGAGUUAGAAGAGGAUGUUCGGUCGGGUGGUGCGGACAAUCGUAAAAUUCUCGAGUUUGCUCAGCUGCAAGCAAAGCGAGAAGCUGAGGCAAGGGAGCAAGCAGCGCAGAUGCAGGCGCUGUCUGAGCAGCUCGAGGAAGCUCAUCGUGAGCUACAAGAAUUGCGUGAGGGCAAGCGACGUCAUGCUGAGGAGCUUACAGCAAUGCUGCAGAAUCAGCGGCGUGACGGUGUCAACAUGGAGUACUUAAAGAAUGUGGUCGUGCAGUACAUGUCCUUCCGACCAGGUUCUUCCGAGCAGGCACGACUCAUACCGGUACUAUCUACGCUGCUUCAAUUCACGGCGAUUGAUGUGAAAGAGGUCGAACACGCAUCCUGCCGGAGCAACAGCUGGACGUCGUGGGGAAGCAGCGAUGCCGGUCUCGAUUACAAACCCAUUGUCGUUAACGCUAGCCAUCACUACCCGACGGCUUGUCGUUCAUCGAUAACACAAGGCGGUGGCGAGAGGAGGUCUCCAUUGAGAAGGGAGGUUUCAGCUUCAGCAUCUCUUGGAUCGUUGGCAUCGCCGUCUCACGUGCCUAGCUUUUUCUUGUCAAACGGCGGUGUCGACGAGCGUGCUGAUCCAUCUGCAGAGAGCGCUGAUUUUUAA